AUGUUAAAGAAGAUUACGAAAACAUAUGGAAGAAACGGCCCUCUCUUGUCUUCACAAAUUUUAAACCAUCAUUCUACUGUACUUAUGAGUUCGACACCUGGUAGCACUUAUUCUGUUACAUUUAUUGGCGAUCCUGACAAGAAGGUUUCAGAACUGACUCCUGCUAUUGCUAAUUUGCAGGGUAAACCCACUCAAUGUAAGACACCAAUAUCAAACAAAUUCAAGCUUUCCAGAAAUACUUUGGGGUGGUAUAUUUUCCCACUAACUUCGUCGAACUAUCACCCAAGCGGCCGAGUUAUUAAGAGAGAAGGACAAAAAACUAUGAGAAGGUUCAUAACCUUCAUACUGUUAGCGCAGAAAACAAGGAGAAAAAGAGGAAGAGGACAAAUACGCAUGGACAAGAAGAAGAGAAAGACCAAGACGACGACAGUGACACCACUAACUUAUGUACAUGAAGAAUUGAUAACUUCAAUCCUUUUAAAUUUACCAGUGAAGUCUCUUGUUCGUUUCAAAUGUUUACGUGAUUUGUAUUAUCUAUAUGGUUUCGGAUAUGAUCAGUUGAGAGAUGAUUACUUGGUGGUUUCAUUGUCUUGUAUUCUAGCCCAGGAAGAUUUUUCACGUUUGGAAUAUUUCUCAUUGAAAGAUAACAAGUGGAAGGAAAUUGAGGAUACUUACUUCCUUUAUACGAUCGACAAGAUAGAGCCCAGAGUGGGAUCGCUCUUUAACGAUGCUAUUCAUUGGGUGGCUUUACAUUCCGAUUCAUUGAUGAAAGUUAUUAUUGCAUUUGAUUUAACAGAUAGGAGACUUUUUGAUAUGCCUUAUCCAAAUGGUGUAGGCCAUAAGUCUGAUCAUUAUGAGUUGUGGGUAUAUCGAGAAUUUCUUAGUUUAUGGACUAUGGAUUGUGAAAAUAGUAGAAUUGAAAUAUGGUUGAUGAAAGAAUACAAUGUAAAUUCGUCUUGGAUUAAGGCUAUUGUUUUCCCUAUGCAAAUCCUAUCUCCUCAUCAAUUUUCUCCAAUAUGCUCUACAAAAGAUGGUGAUAUCAUUGUAACAGAUGGGACUAGAUUGUUGAGGUAUAACGAUAAAGGAGAGCUUAUAGAGGGUUCCUCAUACAAAUGCUUUCCAGAUAGUGCAGUUUCACAUGGAUCCCCAUCGAUAGUGUAUAAAGAAUCUUUGCUUUCACUCCCUGGUGAUGACACGCAAGCCUAA